AUGGUGGAAGGACCAGGCUGUACUCUAAAUGGAGAGAAAAUUCGGGCGCGAGUGCGCCCGGGCCAGGCGGUGACGGACUUGCGGGGAAGCGCCCUGCAGAGCCUGGGUGUGGUCUCUUCCCAGGCUGCUGCACUGAAUAAUAAUAAAGAUUCCAGCCAGAACUUCUCGGGACUGUUUAACGGACACGUUUACAGUGGUGUACAAACUUUGGGGAAAGAGCUCUUUAUGUACUUUGGACCAAAAGCUUUACGGAUUCAUUUUGGAAUGAAAGGCUCCAUCAUGAUUAAUCCACUGGAGUGUAAAAAUAAAAAUGGAGUUUCUCCUGUUCUUGAAGUCCAGCUCACUGAAGAUCUCAUUUGUUUCUUUGACUCAUCGGUAGAACUCAGAAACUCUACAGAAAGCCAACGGAGAAUAAGAAUGUUGGAAGAAUUAGAUGUAUGUUCGCCUAAAUUUAGUUUCUCAAGAGCGGAGAGUGAAGUUAAAAAGCAAAAAGGACGGAUGUUGUGUGACGUGUUAAUGGACCAGAAAGUAUUGCCUGGGGUGGGGAACAUCAUCAAAAAUGAAGCUCUCUUUGACAGUGGCCUCAACCCAGCUGUCAAAGCUUGUCAGUUAACAGAUGAACAGACCCAUCACCUUGUGAAAAUGAUACGUGACUUCAGUGUUCUUUUUUAUAGGUGCCGGAAAACUGGAUCUGUUAUCUCUAAACACUGUAAGGUUUACAAGCGUCCUAACUGUUGUCAGUGCUGUUGCAAAAUAACUGUGUGUCGCUUAGGAGAGAAUAACAGGAUGACAUAUUUCUGUCCUCGCUGUCAAAAAGAAAAUCCUCAACAUGUUGACAUAUGCACGCUGCCAAGGAGAAACACUACGGUCACCUGGCCAUCCAGCAGAGGGGACCAUGUGGCUCGGAAAUCCGAAGAGCAGUGGACGUGUGUGGUCUGCACGCUCAUAAACAGGCCGUCUUCGAAGGCUUGUGAUGCUUGCCUGACUUCAAGACCUAUCGAUUCAGUAAUCAACAAUGAAGACAAUUCUACUGCGUUUGACAGCUCAGUGAAGUAUCCUUGUAAUAGUUUUGGAAAACCAAGUACAGAGGUGAAGGUCAACAGGAGAACAGUAUUUGGAACUACCACCCUUGUCUUGACUGAUUUCAGCAACAAAUCCAGUGCUUUGGAAGGAAAAACAAGCCAAAGUGGGAUGCUACAUAGAGAAUUUCAAAACUCUCCUCCGACUGACGUGUGUUUUAGGGAUCCACUGCACCCCUCCAAGGAGAGAGCAAACCAUAGAACUCAACCAUCUAACAGAGUAAACGGAUCACCUACGGCCUGUUCUCAGUCCAGAUUAUUUAGUCCAGCCUAUAAAAAGUUAAAAACAACCCACUCCUCAUCACCAGACCUCAAAAGCGGUAGCCCUGGAUUUUCUAACAGUGAACUUGGAAUUAACGUGACAGAUGGUACCUGUGCAUUAAAUGCUGGCAGUCCUCGCUGCGGUAAACACAAGCGCCUGUGUGUUCUACGAGUUGUGCAGAAGGAUGGCGAAAACAAGGGCAGGCAGUUUUACGCUUGUCCUCUACCUAGACAAGCGCAGUGCGGAUUUUUCCAAUGGGCGGAUCUGUCCUUCCCAUUCUGCAACCAUGGCAGACGCGCUAUCAUGAGAACGGUGUUGAAGAUUGGACCCAAUAACGGAAAGAAUUUUUUCGUGUGUCCUCUUGGGAAGGCAAAACAGUGCAAUUUUUUCCAGUGGGCAGAAAAUGGACCAGGAAUAAAGAUGAUUCCAGGAUGCUAAUAUUUUCUCCUUCUGUGUGUGGAAUAUCUGGCAUUUAACUCCUUUAAACCAUACAUAAUGUUUAGUUCCCUUUUGUUUAAUAGAAAGGUUGUAGAACAUCCUGGCACAUUGUAUAGUGACAGUAAUAUAUGAGAGCUGUUCACUUUUUUUUUUAAUGUAUGCUGCUUUCCAUUCUUGGCUAUGUAUUUUUUUUUUACCCUGAUAAAGGCUAUAUGUGUUCCAUCGAAUGUAUAGUAUAUUCCACUUAUCAUGUUUAUAUAAUGCAUUUAAUAAUGACAAUAAAGAAUUUUUAGUGUG